AUGAAUAAAUUCUAAAAUAAAAUAAUUUUAUAAAUAAUACAAAUGAAAUGUUUUUUUAGAAAUUAAGGUAAAAAGAAGAACUAGAAGAAGAAGUUUAAGAGGAAACAAAUAAGAAUGUUAUUGUUCCUAGUUUUUAGGUCAAAUUUAGAGAAUAAAUUGAAAAAAGCUAGAAUUUAAUUAGUAAGCCAGAAAAUUAAAUGUGUUUUAACAAGUAAAGUAAUUUUACAGUUUGCUCAGAGGAAGCAAGUGAAAAUACUUCAGUGCUUAUAAAUCCAUAAACUAAAAGAAAUUAAUAAAUAAAGUUCAGUCAAUUUAAUAAAAUAAAUUAAUUUAAUAUUGAUAAUCCAAUAUCUACAAAUGAAUCACCAAGAUAAAGAUUAAAUAGCCAAAUUUCUAAUACAGAUCAAUAAUAAAUGCUAUAGAAUUAGCAAAAAACUAUUAUAAAUGAGUUAAAAUUUAACAGAUGUGAACCAAUUAUUGAGAUUGAAUCACCAGGUUGUUUAAGAGGGAGAAAUAGAUCAAAUUUUUAAAAUUCUAAAGUGUCUGCAGUCGUUGCUUAGAACAAUACUUUUUAAACUAAUUUAGAAUCAAAUGAAAUUCUAACUAGUGAAAGGAAAAAUAAAUUUUUAAAAGAUAUUUUUUCUUAAAAGUUAAAAGUUAUGUAUGAUAAAUCGCUGA